UACUUUAGGGUUCUUCGUGGCGUGGGCUCGCUCCAGAUGAUUCGUUUGUGAGGUAUUGGCCUAGAUCUUCGCUCUCCAGACGCUAGAUCUCGGGGGAUCUGGCCAUGGCGGCGGCGGACGCUGUCACUGCAGCUGAAGAGCAGGACAAAUGGCUCGCGGAUGCCAUGGCUCUGGUCCAGCACAAUGCCUUCUUCAUGCAUCGGGCGCUGGAUAACAACAACUUGAGAGAUGCUUUGAAGUACUCUGCGCAAAUGCUAUCGGAGCUUCGCACCUCCAAAUUGUCUCCACAGAAGUACUACGAGCUGUAUAUGAAGAGUUUUGACGAGCUUCGGAAGCUCGAGUUCUUCUUCAAGGACGAGACGAAAAGAGGCCGCACGAAUGCCGAUCUCUACGAGCUUGUUCAGCACGCUGGCAACAUCUUACCGAGGCUGUACCUGCUUAUUACAGUAGGCUCGGUGUACAUAAAUUCCAAGGAAGCUCCCGCAAAGGACGUCCUGAAGGAUUUGGUUGAAAUGAGCCGUGGUGUCCAGCAUCCCAUUCGUGGUUUGUUCCUGAGAAGCUACUUGGCUCAAGUCAGUCGCGACAAGCUACCAGACGUUGGCUCCGAAUACGAAGGGUAUGUUUUUAAGUUUGCCGUUGCUAAGCUCACAACGCAAUGCAGGGAAGGAGGUAGUGUCAAUGAUGCCGUGGAGUUUGUGCUUCAGAAUUUCACGGAAAUGAAUAAGCUCUGGGUCCGGAUGCAACACCAGGGACCCGCUCGGGAGAAGGAAAAGCGAGAAAAGGAGAGGAGACAGCUGCGAGAUUUGGUUGGGAAAAAUCUUCACGUUCUAAGUCAGCUUGAAGGUGUAGAUCUUGCAAUGUACAGGGAUGUGGUCCUCCCAAGAGUGCUCGAACAGGUUGUUAAUUGCAAAGACGAAAUCGCACAGUACUAUUUGAUGGACUGUAUCAUCCAAGUGUUCCCCGAUGAGUUUCACCUGCAAACUUUAGAAUCUCUUCUAGGAGCAUGCCCCCAGCUACAGACCACUGUUGAUGUCAAGACGGUAAUGGCACAACUUAUGGACAGGCUUUCGAACUAUGUCGCCUCUACACCAGAUGUCCUACCGGAGAUUUUACAAGUAGAAGCUUUUGGCAAACUCAGCACUGCUACCAUGAAGGUUAUAGAUGCUCAACCUGACAUGCCGCUUGUAGGUGCUGUUAGUCUUUUUGUGGCUUUGUUAACCUUUACUUUGAGAGUACACGCUGAUCGUCUGGACUAUGUCGACCAAGUUUUGGGUGCCUGCUUUAAGAAGCUUGAAGGAAGGGGGAAGGUUAAAGACAGCAAGGCUACUAAACAGAUUGUGGCCUUGUUGAGUGCACCUCUAGAGAAGUACAAUGACGUUGUCACUGUGUUGAAGCUUACGAAUUAUCCACGGGUUAUGGACCACCUGGAUUAUGAAACGAACAAGAGUAUGGCAGUGACUAUUAUCCAGUUCAUUAUGAAAAACAACACGCUUAUAUCGAGUGUUGAUAAGGUGGAGGCACUUUUUGAGCUUUUAAAAGAACUUAUCAAAGACAGUGAAGGGAAUCCCGCGUUAGACGAGAUUGAUGAAGAAGACUUUCAAGAGGAGCAAAACCUUGUUGCUAAACUAGUACAUCUUCUAAAGAACGAUGAUGACACAGAAAUGUUUAAGAUUCUGGAAGCAGCUACAAAACACUUUACAGAAGGAGGUUCAAAGCGUCUCUCCUUGACUCUACCUUCACUCGUAUUCUCGGCAUUGAAGUUUGUGCGACAAUUACAAUUCCGAAAUGCAACGGACGAAAGCCCGGUUUCUCCAAAGAAAGUUUUCCAAUAUCUGCAUCAGACGAUUGAAUCGCUAUCAACAGUGCCUGCUCCGGAGCUGGCAUUACGUUUAUAUCUUCAGUGCGCGGAGGCUGCCAGUGACUGUGACUUGGAGCCUGUUGCCUAUGAGUUCUUUACGCAAGCGUUUAUGCUUUACGAAGAAGAGAUCGCUGACUCUAAAGCACAAAUCACGGCAAUGCACCUGAUCAUCGGGACAUUGCAGAGAACUACUGUCUUUGGGGUAGAAAACAGAGACACGCUCACUCACAAAGCUACAGGGUACUCGGCGAAAUUGCUAAGAAAACCGGAUCAAUGUCGUGCCGUGUAUGCUUGCUCGCAUUUGUUCUGGAACGACGACGGUGGGACUCAAGACGGGGAGAGGGUGCUACUGUGCUUAAAGCGAGCUCUCAGAAUCGCCAAUGCUGCUCAGCAAGUGUCCAGUGCAAGCAGGGGAAGCAGCGGACCAGUCACUCUCUUCGUUGAGAUACUGAACAAGUACCUCUACUACUUCGAGAAAGGCGUCCCGGCUGUAGCGAGCAGCCUUGUCCAGGGACUCCUGGAGCUGAUCAUGACGGAGACUCAAAGCGAGAAAACAUCCAAAGACGCGGCUGUGGAUGCUUUCUUCGCAAGCACGAUGAGGUACAUACAGUCCCAGAAACAAAAGAGCGAUGCGUCUGGAGAGCGGUAUGGUACCAUUCAGAUAUAGCGCGGUGGAAAAAAAAAAAAAAAGAAGGCUCGUUGUGUAUAUCCUCCCAUUCCAAAUAAGCGAAAUUUUUUUUAAGCGAA